AUGUGUCCGGGUGUGGAGCGAAGUGUCUGCCUCUCCCUCAACGACCACUCAAGCACGUGGUCGUUUGAGGGCAAGGCAGAAAAGAUCGCCAGCAAGUCCAGCAGUGAUGCCGAGGACCCGUUGGCUCACGGUUUGGACCCGUCCCUUUACGGGCCGAACGCCCCAGUCAUCUGUGCUUCACCGUGCGCAAGCGAUCCCGGAGCAGUACCAUCGUCGUCAUCGUUCAGCGGCUCGGAGCCGAGACCGACGGGACUUGGACUGCUGCAUUGCACGUUGCAACAUUUUCCAGUUCGAAAACGUUUACGAGUUUCGAUUCUGAAGAUUGAAGCUUUGGCUGGACAAUUGAAACCGGAUCUGGAAAUGAUGGCAAUGUGCCGAGUGGCAAUACCUGGCUUAAAAACCGGCAAGGAACAAACGUCAGAAAUCAAACGUGGUCGAGAUCCAAUUUUCAAUCAGGAAUUCUUCUUCGACAAUGUCACAUUGGAAGAUUUGGACACGAAAAAUGUUACGGUAGCCGCAUACCAUCACGGUGGUGCAAAACUCGGCAAGGAUCUAAUGAUUGGCGAAGCAAUCGUGCCGCUUCGUGAAAUUCGUGAACUGAACACAAAAAAGGAGGUGAAGAUCAUCGAAGAGAUCAAACAACAAAUACCAAAGAAACUUGGAAAACUUUACAUCUCGUCAUGUAUCGAGAAAGAUGCGAAACGAUUGACGAUAAAUUUGAAAAAAGCGGACGAUUUGCCAAGGUGGAGCUUUCUCGGCGCGCCAGAUGUGUGCAUUAAAAUCACGAUGAUCCAAGGCGAGAAACAACAGACGAAAUCGAGUCGAGUGCUAAAAUCCACGACGACAGCUGUCUACAAUGAAGCGGUGAUGUUUCUGUUCAACACGACGAAGAAGGAGGUGGAUGCGACAAAAAUUACCAUAUCCGUGCACGAUAUGCAAAGAACAUGCACUGGUGACGACAUAAUUGGAUGCGCAUAUUUGGGAGUGCUCGCCCAAGAUAAAUCGGAGGUCGAACAAUGGAGAAGUACCACCGAGCACAUGGGUAAAGAGUACAAGGGCACGCAUAAUCUAAAACCACCUCAUCAAGCCCCACCAGUACAUGUAGCAGAAACUGGCGAGAACGGCGAAGAAGGAGACUGA